UAACGCAUUUUUAAUUGUUCGCCUACAAAAAUAAUGGAAAAUAGCGGAACACCAGUAUUAAUUGCCAAUGAAUUUUCGAUUCUUUGUUUGAAAUUUCGGUCAUUAAACCGAUCACGCUGGCAUUCAAUUCAAACAGCGGUCAACGAUCGCAGAGGCGACCUUUGGAAAAAUGCGGCGAUGCCGGCAUCGUCGGCAACAACCCGCAUUUGUUGUAGUCCUUCGCGACAAGCUACAAUGGCCUUGUCAAUCAUUACCUUCACGUGACAUUUACGAUUCGAUUCAUCGCACAGGCAGACAAGCUACCCGAUUGUCGCUUCUCCGGUUUGUCGGUCGUUUAUAUGUUAAUUGUUCAAGGACGGAAGGUCACUGGCAGUACAUUGAUCCCUAUCGAAUAUAUUUAACGAGGCUGCGAGAUGGGGACUCGUCGAUCCUAUCUACAUUCUGGUAUACCACUUGCAUAAACUAGUUUUGCCCAUAUUUAGCGAUUGCUAAUGUGCCAAUGUGUCAUGAUGAUUGAUAGAGCGCUGGCGACGUUAUCAUUAAUGCAGAGGCAGGCGGAGUUUCGCUCUUUAUCGAUUGGUAGAAAAAUGCUUUUCCGCGACCAGAUAAAAACAACACUCGACUUGGUAUUCGUGUAUCGGUAUAUACAUACUAUAUCGGUUGAAAAACGAUUGAGCAAAUAUUUCGCAAAUGGCGUGCAGAUAAAGGAAGUGUGACAUGAGUGACGUUACUUUCCGAGAAGGAUGCGACGAAAUGUUAAAUAAUCGGACACUCGCGUGACGCAUCGAAACGUUUAUUUCAUUCAUUGCCGUUCUACUUGAAACUCGAAACAAAGCGAUGGGUAUAAAGUACAAGAGUCACGGUAUCAUGCAUUACCUCAGCUUCCUGUCUCUUUCUUUGCGACGUUUUACUUUCCUGCGACACAGACAUAUUUUUUCCUGAAAUUGCUCGCCGAUGAUCCGUGUCGUGCUAAUCAAUUGUUAAACGUUAUUAUCGUCAUAUGGCAUUAUUGAUUUAGGUGCGAGGCAAAUGCUCAACGACACAAAGUAUCGUAGCGAAUUAUUGACGCUCGUUAUCGCCUCGGCGCGGCGUCGCCGCCUUAAAAGUGUACAGCUCGUUGUCGGAUCGUCCGGUGCCAGAUUAACGCCUGGCUUACACGAAACUUCCAUUAACGCAGCCUCGUCGACCCGAACGAAAGUACUGGAGUACGCACCUGGUGCACUCCUGGGAACCGCAGCAGUUGAUAUAUCGUGUAUGCCCGAGAAACUUUGGUACCGCUCUGCUGGAAAAUGUAAAUUCGUGCGGAGCCGUGGGUGGGCUGAAACAGGCAGUUGCCGAAGCGAUUGUUUGUUUCCCCGCUUCCCCACGGCUUAGAAACCGUGCUAGAAAGGGGCCCCGGUCUCUCGGUGUCGCAAUUACCACAGCUAACGACGACUGAAUGGCUGUUGAUUUUUAUUAUUAAAAAACGAAACUCUACACGCUUCGCGAUUAUUGCGAAAAAAUGCGGUUUUUUGAAUAGAAAAAAAAAAAAUAAAGAGAGAGAAUUAUAAACCAAAAAAAAAUUGCAGUAUUAUGACGUUGUUUGAGUUAAACGAACAAACCACGAACACAAGUUGUUCGCGCGCAAGAGAACAAUAGUUGAAUUUGCUACCUUUGCGGGCCUCAAUUAUUGCCUCUGCAUGGCCUCGCGCAUUUGUUCGCGUUGUACAUACGCUGCUUUUUGUUGCCUUUUCUGCCAAAAAAGAACUAUCCUCGGCGGAAUAAUCGUCCUACGGGAAACAAUUUAGGAUUGAUUCGCCCGGAUGUUGGACUCAGCGCGAGAGAUACGGCUCCCGAUAGUUCGGUUUUCACCCUACGUAACGCCCUCAUGCAAAUCAACCGUUUCAAUCCUAUGCAAAAGGAAAAAAAAAAAAGAAUUGGAGGAAACCCAUCGUUUCAUACAUUUCACGAACGUUGAAACACUUCGCUAAAGAUAUUUUCCGAAUGUUUCUCAUUUUCUUCCUCUCUUGCUUUCGUCUCGUACUGCAAAAAGAGAAAUGAUCGGAUCGCAUUAGGACGGAUAUUUCAACGGCGGAGAAAUUUUUCCGCCUCUCGGGACCGAGUUUCUCGCUAAAGCGAUUUACAAGAGCUCAAGGGUCAGCUACCCGAGCGCACUCCUUUCUUCCCUUCUUUGUUUCUUACUGAUAAAAUAGCUUUUACGUGUAGACACGUUCUUAUACUUGAUCAUGCCGGUAGUCACCGUCGCUGUAUUACUACGCGCGUCAAUGCAUUUCUCCGCCGCAUCGCCGCCGCCGCCGCGUUUUUUCUUUGUGUUUUUUAUUAUUAUUCACGUAAAAAUGUAGGUUUUCAGACUCUGGCCGUGCUCACUUUGCAUUUUAUUCGGAUUCCUUCGCGUCGCAUACAUUUUGCAUUCCGCCGCCGAACGCGCCUUGAUAAAGCUUCAUCUUGCCUCCAUUCCGUUCCCCACGCGCAAUUCUUCGCGCUUGCGACGUAUGCGUUAUUGGCGGAGGACUCUGUCAGUCCAUCUCGAAAUACACAAUUUAAGCAUAUGCAGGUCAGCGCAAUCCAUACAUCCACUCUACAUUUUAAUUUCCUGAUUACGCUCAAUAUGGUAUACAUUCAUAUUUUAAUUUAAACAAUUUACAUAUAUAUAUAUAUAUUAAUUGAAUCGGGUACACGCGCACGCAUUAAGGAGAAAUUAUUUUAUGCGAUGUUUAUCGAGCUUCCGUACGCGUGCAAUCGUAUGCUGCACACAGACUCUUUUCGAUAAUAAUAGAGUACACAUAUCGUGAGGUUUAUUUCAACUUUUAACUUUUACGUCUACGUUUAACAAGUUAAAGACGACUUUUCAUUUAAACGCGCGUAAAGCGUUUUUCUGCGAUAGAGGACCUCGCGGAGAGUAAUCUAUGUAGGCCAAGCCGGUGGCCCGCGUCGUAAUCAGAAGCCCGUAUGACUGCCAGUUCGACGACGAGGAAUCGGUAUCACCUUCGCGACAAGGUCUCGCCUCCCGCCAUUUGCUUAUCGCGGCUGGCGCUCGUCAACCGAGCCGCACGUUUCUCUUUCAGUAUCAUAAUAGUCAAUGGUCCGUCGACUGCGAGCACAUCGGAGUGUCGUAUAAAGGGACCGAAGGGCGAAAGUCGCCCCGCUCUUCACGUUCCCUUGAAGUUACCUCUUCUCAUCAGAGGUUCGAAGUUAAGCACACCCUCGACUUCAACGAAUCGGCGAAUAAAAGAGGCGGAGCGAUUGUAUCGAUCGUUAUUAGGCUUUUAUUAGACGGAAGUGUCGUCGUAUGCCUCUCGCAAAGGGCGCGUCCGCGCGGGGGGUCGUGUUAACUUAAGUGAAAAUACCACCGAGUGGUCCAGCCGAGGGAGGCUGACCACUACCUUCGGCUCGGUUCCCGUGCUCGGAUCUUUUAGCGAGUCUGAUCGUGGAACUGACUGAAAGAGGAUCUUCCCUUUCACGCCGAGUAUUAUGAAUCUACGUCAAAAUAAGUCGCGCCGCGCUUCUCGGGCUUAAAUAUCACCGACAUGGGAAAAUUGCGGAUUAUUAGGAUCUUGGAUAGGAUUUAUCCAAGAAAAUUAUUACCAAGAGGAUAGACGGAGAGUACCAGGUGCCUGGUGUGGAUUAUUCGUGCAACGAAGAUCAGUAUCAUGAAUCAUGAGAAAAUGUCAAGCGUAUAAAAAAGAUUUUUUUUUUUCAACUGGCUCAAGUACAAGGACACAAUUAACGGAUGAUGUGAACGAAGCAUUCGAUAAGCAUUGAAGCGGACGUCCUUAAAUAGCGGAUGCGACGCUAUCGCGAAUAUCCUUGAUGUAUGUAACCGCAAUGUUUUUUCAAUAUUUCGAACGGCUUUGAAGUGUCGUGUUGAAACUGUCGCGGACGACGGGAAUAACCGUGACUUUUGUCAUUUGAAAAAACAAUAACAUUUUGACGAAUUGAAUUUUCAAUUUUCGAUAGAGCAAAAAGAGUUACUUUAUUAAGUCUCCUGUAUUGUCAAGAGAGAAUAGAAAAACUACACGAUGGAGACUCGGGAAAAGUCGACGGAAUGGGCUUUAUUGUUCCCUCUGAAGGCGGGUCUAUUCGCUAUGAAAUCAUCGUUAUCCACGAAGAGCGUGAGCCGCGGCGAGAAGGAGAAGGAGAGGCUUUCGAAAAAAAGUCUUCGUGAGCCGCGAGCGAAGAUACGUCGAGGAUCGUCCUUGUCGGAUCUGGAUAAGCUUCAGAGCAAGACGAUCCUGCCGGAUGUUGUCAAAUCGACGGAGAAAUGUUGUUCCGAGUCGCUUCCGCACUCACCCGCUUUAUCUCGAACGAAUCUUCAGUUGGGCAGCAGUAGUAUGAGAGGCAGUAUAGGUGAUUUGAUGAAUAUGAAGAAAUACGGUGGGUCCAAUUGGAGCGUGCGGAGCGAGACUCUGAUUGCAAAAGCCGUGCCGUUGAGCACAGUUACAACAAAGCAGAGUUCACCGAUCGAGAAAAGCAUGGAGGAUGAUCUUGAGGACGAAAUGCAAGACGAGUUUCCGGUCUCUGGAAAACCAUUGACCAGCGCUCAAAGAACUCAGAGACUCAGCAAACUUAUCAAGAAACAGAGGCGAAUAGUCGUUCUCAGUCCUAGCACAUUGAAGAGGGGUAUGGUAAGUCUCAUCGUUGAUUAAAACGGCGAUUAUUUUCUACAAUCUAACAUCUGUCGUCGGGUAUCUUAUUAGAAAAACGUCAGUAUCUGUUUAAUAAGAUUCUCUUUGAAUCGCUUUUAAUUUAAUCUGUUAAAAUUGCCUGUUACAAUCAAAGAAAUUUUAACCUGUUGAGAUCACUAGGAGUCCAUUCAAAAUCGAACAACCUUCUAUGAAACUAAUUUUCAUCUGAAAAUAUGCUAUCUUGAGAAUACACCCCUAAAUUUUUGUUGAAUUAUCUCAAAAAUUA